GUUUUCCGGCAGACCAACAGGUAACUUGUAUUCUGCAAGGGCAUGUGACUCAGGCCCUGUCCACACGUAGCCGGGGAUCUGCCAAAACGUAGAUAUUUUUCUACGUUUUGGCCUGUCAUCCACACGAAAACGGAGUUUUUUCACACGAAAACGGAUCAUUUUAAAAACUCCGGCCAAAGUGAAGAUCUGUGUUUUCUCCGUUUUGGGUGUCUGCGUGUGGACGGACAAAACCGGAGUUUUAAGGUCCGCAACGUCACUUUCCGCGACAAAAAAAUGCUGACAUCACGUGUGCGACCUGUGUUUACACUAGCCGACAGCAUGGAUGCCCUCAGAGCUGCGCUGGCUUUAUCAAUUGUCCAAGCGCUUUCUGCUUGUUUGUUUUUGCAAGCGGAAUUACUGCUCCUUGCGGAAGACCACAGACGAAGGACGAGGUUAAGAACGGGGGAAGUACUGCCUCCUACAGGUCUGGCAACGUAUUUAUCCGGGUACGUGUGGACAGAGUUUUUUUUUUAACGAGGUGGUGAGGAUGCAAGUUUUUGGAGGAGCGGAUAUUCGUUUUUAAAAAAAACCCGGCUACGUGUGGACUAGGCCUCAGUUGCACAUGUCAGAUGUAAAUAAUGUUGUGUGUAAUUGUUUUUGCAUUUCUGCUUACUAGGACUCAACGGUUACCUCACACAGGAGGGAGAGGAAGGAUGUUCACUGAUGUGCAGGAAACCACCAUUGUUGAUCAGAUGGUAAUCAGAAACAAUGGGAUAAAGCUCACUGAGAUCAGACACAGUAUCUUGGCAGACAACGUUACCUUUGCAAAUAUUCACAGUGUAAGCCUAACAACAACUUCUAGAGUCCUGAAGAAACAUCAGGUCAGGAUGAAACAUUUGUACACUGUGCCUUUUGAGAGGAACUCUGAACAUGUCAAGCAACUCAGGAACCAACAUGUCCAGAGAGUCAUGGAGAUUGAAGGCAUGCAAGCACACCACAUUUUCAUCUAUGUGGAUGAGGCAGGUUUCAACUUGGCCAUAACACGGCGACGAGGGAGGAAUGUGAUUGGGAAGAGAGCCACGGUGAAUGUCCCGGGCCAGAGGGGUGCCAACAUCACAAUGUGCGCAGCAAUAUCCACUGAUGGACUGCUGUCACACAGACCAGUAAUUGGGCCAUACAACACUGGACGGCUCCUUGCAUUCCUGCAUGAUCUCUAUGGAAGGGUUGUGCUAGGUGAGGAAAGGGAUGUGGGCAGACGGAAUCAGCCAACAUAUAUAAUUGUAUGGGACAAUGUGGCAUUUCACCACUCCCAUGCAGUCACAGAGUGGUUUGUGGCCCAUCCCAGAAUGGAGUCACUUUUCCUCCCACCUUACUCUCCAUUCCUCAACCCCAUAGAGGAAUUCCUUGCCUCAUGGCGGUGGAAGGUGUACGACCAUCAUCCACAUGAUCAAAUGUCCCUUCUGGAUGCAAUGUACGCUGGAUGCCUGGACAUAUCGGCAGUAGAUUGCCAGGGAUGGAUCAGGCAUGCCAGAAGAUUCUUUCCUAGGUGUAUUGCCCUAGAUGACAUAAGAUGUGAUGUGGAUGAGAACCUGGGGCCAAAUGGAGAAGACCGAGUAGAUUAGCAUAUUGAAUCUGUAUCAGUGGAUGUUGUGUUUACAAAGUCUUGUGUUUUGGAAGUACUUAGUGCAAAAACAAAUACCAUUAAAAAUAAUUGAACAACAUGAAAUAUUGACUAAUUCUGCAUCAUGUCUGAUUCAUUCCAGUAGCAUCUAUUGGAAGUAUGAACAGAGAUGUGUCCUUGUUUUACACAAAAUGUAAUGCUACAUGUUGUUAGUGUUUUUUAGGUCUUUGUUUUGUGGGUGACAAAGUGUGUUUGUCGGCUGUCAACCUUUGCUAGUGUUCUGGAGGAAUGUGUUUAUUUGAGACCUGGAUGAAGUGUUUUAGUGGUUGUGGUGCAUUUUGAAUGUGAAAUGAACUGUUUUGCCAAGCUGAAACUCCGUUAGGAGAACUGUGUCAAGUGUCUAGCAAAAGUGGCAUUAGUAUUGAGAAAUGGGUCCUAACGUCUGUAAAAAAAAAAAAGUGUAACACUGAGAGAAUGUUAAUAUAAAAUUUGCAUCCAAAAUUAUACAGCAAUGUUUAACUGAUUUGCGCAGAAACUGGGAAGGUUAAGAGCACCAUUAUCACAACAGAGAAGCAUCUGGCUUUAAAACAGAACUAGCUGAGAGAAAAGCUCCUAUCUGCUUCACAACAUCACAUUUCUGAUUCUUUGGUUUCUAAACAGCUCAAACAAUUCAUUGUUGCAAGUGUCAGAUGAAGGUGUGAUGUUCCCUUUAACGUGACUUUUAAUUCAGCGAGAGACCCUUUUUCUCACACUUA